AUGUCGUUUGCUGCAAGGCUGGGUUCUCUCACUGGAGAGCUCGUUGAGGCGGUGACUGGUUCAUCAGCUCAGACGAACCCUCGAUUCAAGUCUCUCUACAACUCUAGCUUGCAGAGACUAAAGUCACAUCCAUAUCUACGCACAAAUCAAUUCGAGGUCGAGCAUCAACUCGAUGGCUUGGAAGAAAGGUUCCGUGUCAACGGCCGGGAUGCCCUUGCUGAUGCCCUCAUUGAACGUCGGGAACAACUUCUCGAGAAACCAGACAAAUUCCAUCCUGAAAUACUCUAUUUAAUAUUAGAGCUCUCAGAUCAGCCAACUUAUUACGCAAAACUAAGCGAUCUAGAUGCACUCGGGACUGGCCCUAAAGACUCAGAGCUUGAGUUGCGCUGGGAGGAUAUCGCCAAGGAAGACGGAUGGGAAGACGAUGCUGCGAUAUGGAAGACAAUAAAAUACACUGACAGUUCUGACGAUGAGCUUUACGAAGACGACGCCAAGAGCGAGUCUGAUGCAAGCACUGAGCCUUCUGAAGUACCAGCACUUGGAAGAAUAGCCGAGGAUCUCAUCAUUCAUCCUGAGGACAUCGAUCAACUCAACGAAAUUCGAGAAGCGCAAGAAUGGAGAACCGAGAAACCAACAGAUGCAUCAGGGCAUGCGCGUAAAGUUCCAGUUACGGAGUUCCAUAUAGUACGGGAAGUCUUGUUCAUGUUACAAGGACUAAACACGACCCUUUUCGGACCCAACGGCGUGGUUGAUCCUGCAUUUCAGAUGGCUCAUCUAAAGUGGGAUACUCAUAGAGCUCUUCUAAGCUACUUCUCCGAGGCAGGUCGCCAGCUAGCUAUCCUGCGCAGUUUUGUCGAAAAGCCGCAACGAGCAUCGCAUCUUCAGGUAUUUCAGGAUACCGUGGCUAAACGACUCAGCAAUUUCGAGAGGAAAGUAACAGCGAUAGAGUCCCGACUCGUUGCGCCUGAGAACAACGUGGUUGUCAGUUUGCUCUCUGUCAAGGGAGAGUUGGCUACCUUGCUUGAGCCGCUGUACUCACUUUCAAAUAUUAUCGCCCAGAUACAAAAUAUCCCGAACCAAGGAACAUUUCGGUACCUCGAACUUCUGUUUGACGACGCCAGCAUAGCUCAGCUGUCCGGCAAGCUAGACAUUUAUGAAUUUCUAGCGCGCAUUUUUGUCGAAUGCUUCAAUGUUUACCUUCGUCCUAUCCGACUGUGGAUGGAGGAGGGUAAGCUUGUCCCCGGCGACAAGAUCUUUUUCGUCUCAGAAGCGCCGAGUCAAGUAUCUCCUAGCAAGAUCUGGCGUGAACAGUUUAGGCUUCGCCGAACGACUGAUGGGAAGUUACAUGCCCCCAACUUUCUUCAGCCUGCAGCCGCCAAAAUCUUCAACGCUGGCAAGAACAUUGUCGUUCUCAAAAGACUAGGUCGUUGGGUCUCUUCGGGCUCGGAAUGGGCGGUGCAGGAACCUCCGUUGAAUUACGAAACCCUGUGUCCUAAAGGGCUUGAGCUUGCUCCCUUUUCGGAACUCUUUGAUUCUGCAUUUGACGGGUGGUUACAAACCAAAUACAACACAACCUCCACAACACUGAGGAACACACUCUUUCAAGAGUGCGGGCUCUGGUCUGCCCUCGAGGCUAUGGAGCGUUUGUACUUCAUGUCUGACGGAGCCGCGACGGAGGCUUGGACCAGCAGCCUGUUUGGAAAGCUGGACACAUUAGAUUCUAACUGGCAUAACCGCUACACCCUCACUAGCGUGGCACAAGAAGCGUUCACGUCUCUUGUUGAUAUGACAAGAGUGUCCAUAUACAUCAAACCUACAGCACUAAGGAUACCAGUACUUACAGCGCGGGAUUCUGUCAAGGCUGCUCUGCCAAGUACAAGAGUCAACUAUCGGUUGGCCUGGCCGAUCCGCAUGAUUCUAUCCGAAGACAGCAACGCACAAUACGAUACCAUCUUUGUGCUGCUCUUGCAACUGAAGAGAGCCCUGUAUAUCCUGCACAAACGCAAGAUUCUCGACAAUUACUGGGCGGACAACGAAAAUUGGGACGAGCGAGCACUUUACUAUUCGCUACGAAACAACGUUCUCUGGUUCUGCACUACACUUCAGACCUAUCUUGCUACACUGGUUCUGGCGCCGAACUGUGCCAAAAUGAGACAUGCUAUGCAUGAAGCGCAUGAUGUGGAUGCUAUGAUUUCUGUUCACGCCGCGUUUUUAAAACAGGUCGUUGAUGAAGCAUGCCUUGGAAGCAGACUAACUCUUAUAAGAGAAUGCUUUCUCGACAUGCUUGACCUGGCCAUCAGACUCGAACAAGCUCAAACAGUCAACGUGACGAAGGAGGCAGAGCGUAUACAACAUGUCUCUCGCCUCUCAACUAGAAAUCUCUCACCAACGCCUGGAACGCCUGGGUUGAAAUCAAGAUACGUUAUCGAUAGUAGUGACGAGGAAGAUGAUGCUAGGGAUGAGUCGAGGACGUUGAAGAUGGGAAAGCCAUUUAUGACUGUGCUGAAGGAGAUCAAGUCCGACUUUGAAAGACAUUUGCGGUUUGCGUGCGGUGGUCUGCGCAGCGUAGCCAGAGCUACAAGUGAUGUGCAGUCAGCAAAAUGGGAUAUUCUAGCUGAGAUGUUACAAACAGGCUGUCGAGACAAGAAUGCAGGAUUCGCUUAA